AUGCUAACGCUGACCCAAGGAACAAUGGGACUCAUAUACGGAGGCGCCGCGGGAGUCAUCAGAUCUCCCAAUCCAAUGAUUCAUUCCUUGUCAUGUGGUAUCCAUUGGUCUAUAUGCGGCUCAUCAUUCUGGUGGCUAAGAAGCAAUAUUAUCAAGCAUCAUUACCAAGAUGAAGCCUCACCACAAGAGCGCAAGUAUGCAAGUGCUCUAUGUGGUGGUAUUGCAGGGGGAGGUGUGACAAAGCUCAUGGGCCGGCUGGUUCCGGGUGCCAUUGUCUUCUCACUAUUGGGUUACUGUGGCCAAAGCGUCUUCAACAACCUUGACGCCUGGCAAUUGGAGAAUGCCAACACCACGAGGAAGCCAUUUAUGCAACGGAUGGCUGAGUCAAAGUGGAUCCCGCUGCGAACCCUUUCUGAUGAAGAAUACAGGGGUAUGCUGGGUGAGAAACUCCUCAGCAUCGAGGCUGAGAUUGCCUUGCUCGACGACAAGAUUGAGGAGCUCGAGAAGUCUCGACCAGCACCCUCUGCUUCUCCAGCUUCUUCAACUUCAAAAUAA